UCACCAACCAUUCUAUUGAAUCCUCAUUGUCAGAGAAUCUUAACGGUACUCUUGUAUAUUCCAGCAUUGGUUUAUUAACAAAUAAUUCAUUUUCUUCUCCUAUCUCUCCUCCUUAUAAUAUCAUUAAUUAUAAUUCCUACCAUUUCAGUAGCGUUGGUAUCUUAUUCUAUACUGAACCGAUAAUGUCACAUGUGAUAAUAAAAUGCCAUGAGAGGCUACGUAGCUUGUGUAGCCCGAUCCAGGGCCUGUGGAACACUCUUUUAAAUUGCAUGCAUAGUCUAUCCUAUUCUUAGUCAAUGAAACAUCAAAAGCAAUGAGACGAACUGUAUAUGCAGAAUUACGUCUUCAUGAUUAUUUGACGUCAUUAGCAAAACCAGAUGAAUACACGAUAGGACUAAUUAUGGGACAGAGUUCUGGUCAAGAAUAUUAUGUUGUGCACUUAGCAAGAACACCACCACCCCUUGGUAAAAACGUGAUGGAAGAAACAUUGCUUAGUUCUACAACAAAAUCUGAACAAAAUACUGCUACUGAAAACCACGUUAAAGCAGUAAAAGAUAUAGUAGAAAGUUGGGUUGCAGAUCAUGCUAAACAUGUUAUUAGAAUGUUACCUGGUGGAAUACGUGUCCUUGGAGCAUUUAUUGUUGGUCCAGAGGAUGUUUUACAUAAUAAUAAUAAUGUACAAAAACUAAAAUCUAUUCUUACAACAAUGCAAAAAAGUUUAUCAUGUAAUAAAUAUUUACAUGGGGAUAAUAAUGAAGAACAUCUUAUCUUAUAUUUAAAUAGUGUUACACAAAAAUACACUUGUAAAUGUAUAGAUAUCCAUAAUGAAAUAUUAAAACCAGUAGAAUGGAAUUUUCAAGCUAAAGCAACCAAAUGGCAUCAAUUUGAGACAUUUGUUAAUUUUGAUCAUCCAUUUUCCAUUGCUACUAAUAAAGAUCCAGAAUCUCUUAAAAAACAACUACAAGAUAUUUUAAAGACUAUAUCAGAUAUCAUUGAAUCUUCCUUUGUUGUUAUUGAAGGGGAAGUUCGAUCCUCAGAUGAAAAAGUAGAGCCAAUUAGUAAAGACAAGAAAGAUGAAAAAAAUUGUAGAAAUAAUGGAAAAAAUAAUGAUAGCCAAUCACUUAAAAUUCAUUUAUAUGUUCCAUGUUAUGGACGGAUUUUUAACUCAGAUGUGAGGAUAACAUCAUGCAAUGCAUCUAUACGUUUGAUUGGUCAAUUAGUAAGUAGAAGUUUCGUUCAUCAAAAAGCAAAUAUCAAGGAAGCUAUAGUCGCAAUAAAGAAAGACAUAAUAAGGUCAUUAGCAAGUAGAUUUGAAAUGCAUUGGGAUAGUUUGAUUGAAGAAGAAAAUGGAUCUCCAGAAGAAUAUUUAACGUUACACGAACCUCCAAGAAGAGUAUUAGUAGAAUUGCCUGAUAGUAAUGUAACAUUCUCAGACUACCUAUUUCCUGGUGAGGGACCUCAAGAAGCUCUUUUAUCAUUGGAAGAAAUCCUAGACUUAGAGAUUCAGGAAAGGAAUAUUCAAAAGGACAUUGAAUUCGAAGCUGAUCCCAUAGAAUUCUAUUCUCAAAAUAAAAUUAAUGUGAAAACUGCUGAUCUUAAUACAGCUUCAUUUGGGAACUUUCAAACACAAAUGUACAUUGCAAGUUUAAGUGUUGUAUUUUUAUUCGUAAUUCUUGCUAUUAUAGUAGAAAAGCUUUAUUAAUAUUUAUAAAAGAACGAAUUUAUAUUUUACUAUAAUAUGUAAAAUAUAAUAUAUUUACAUUUUUUUAACACAAAUCAUCGUGAUGUUGGGAGUACAAAAGAAAA